AUGAGUGACGAUAGCAGUAAUAAGAAAAAAGGAAAACAAGCAACCAAAGGUGAUGCACAAAUAGUAAAAGAGAAUGCACAAACAAUAGAAUUUUAUAAAAAGAUUUUAAUUAUUGUUAACGUCAUGUUUAUUGCUGUUCACUUCAUUUUCUAUUUUAUUACUGGACUUUCGCAUGUUUCUCUCAUACUAUUUGUGUUGUCUACUGCUAUAGCAUGGUAUGUAUGGUGGUUUAUGCGUCAAGUUGGAACGAAAAAGUCAACUGGAAGUGUCACUGAUCUAAAUCUUGAAGGCAGUAUUUCUGAAUAUGCAAAAGAUAUUAUUUUGGCGAUUGUUAUCACUCAAUUUGCUAGUCUCUUACACCGAUACUGCUGGUGGUUACUUUUAGUUAUUCCAUUGUAUGCUAUCUAUAAGGCGAUCAUGCUCUUUUUCUUUUCACCCUAUGCUCAACUGGGUGCUAGUGAUAAAAAACAAGAUGACGAUGAUCAAGCCGAUGGAAAGAGAGGUGGCAAGCGAAAACUUGUUCGAGUCGCUCGACAUUAA